AUGUCCACCGGGUCGCUUAGUGACUUCGACGACGAGGUCCUGGACGGCAUCCUGAAGUUCGGCUCUUCCGGUAAAGACUCCGGUACAUCGAACGAGAGCACAGAGGAGAGCUCGAACUGCGAAGGCGGCUCGGCCAACGAUAAAGCUGCUCCGGCAAAGAAACGGAAAAAAGCGUACGGUAGGAAGAAGGCGCCGAACAGCGCGGUGCACGAGAGUGGCGGCAAACCUGUGCAGAGGAACGCAGCCAACGCAAGAGAGAGAGCGAGGAUGCGCGUGCUGUCGAAAGCGUUCUCCCGGUUGAAAAUGACAUUACCGUGGGUCCCACCGGACACCAAGCUCUCCAAACUGGACACGCUGCGCCUUGCCUCGAGCUACAUCGCCCAUCUACGGCAGAUCCUUGUCAACGACAAAUACGAGAACGGAUAUAAACACCCCGUCAAGCUGGUGAGAAACACACCUCAGCAUUUCAAAUACAUUUUACAAAGCCGUUUUUUUUUUAUAUAAGUCCUUUUUACGUCACCAGUUGUCACAAAGUGCUUUACAGAUACCCGGCCUACUCCAAAGAGCAAGCAAAGCAUGCGCAAAUUUAGCACAGUGGCUAGAAGAAAAAACCCCGAGCCUUAGAAUAAAAGAAAACACUUCACCUAGCUUGAUAGGCCUAAAAUUAAAAGUGAUCCGAGUUUUCGUCAUCAAUUAAACACGUGACAUGAGCUGAAGUUUGUGAAAGAGUGUUUCUGACGGUCACUUUGAGGUUGGUUGGACAGGUUUGGAUGGGGCUAUUUUAAUAGGCUUAGGUCUACUGAGGGUGCAAAAGGCUACGUAACAUUUGAUUGUUUACUCAAUAUUGUCUGGACUAUAUAAUUCACACAAUAAUUGACAAAAAACAUUCCACAGUAUCGUUUCACAACAGAGCCUGUCCAAACAGAAACAACUGGUAUCUUUUGGAGAAUUCUAUGUUAUUUCCUCUGUAGCUCAGCUGGUAGAGCACGGCGCUUGUAACGCCAAGGUAGUGGGUUCGAUCCCCGGGACCACCCAUACACAAAAAAAUAAAAUGUAUGCACGCAUGACUGUAAGUCGCUUUGGAUAAAAGCGUCUGCUAAAUGGCAUAUUAUUAUUAUUAUUAUUAUUAUUUAGCGCCUAGCCUAUUUAAUUUAGCCUAUUCAGUUUAGCCUAUUCAGUUUAGCCUAUUUAUAUUUAGCCUAUUUAUAUUUAGCCUAUUCAUGUUCAGGCUAUGUAGAGUAAAAUAUAGGCUAUCCAUUUUAUUUAGAUAUUCAAGUAUCAUUAUGAUGUUUAGAAAUAGUAUGCUGCUUGAAAGUUGUCUAUAAAAAAGUGGUAGCCCCAAUAUUUCGCCUUUAAACUCAUGAGAUUAUAACUGCCCUCAUUGUAUUUCUAUUAGACUAAAGUUACAUUUACAUCAUUUAGCAGACGCUCUUAUCCAGAGCGAUUUACAGGAGCAAUUAGGGUUAAAUGCCUUGCUUAAGGGCACAUCGACAGAUUUUUCACCUAGUCGGCUCGGGGAUUAGAACCAGCGAUCUUCCGGUUACUGGCACAACGCUCUUACCCACUAAGCUACCUGCCGCGGUCUUUAAGAUGGUCCUCAUGUUAAUAGUCAUACUGUUGUUAUAAUUUAAUUGAUUUCGUCCAUAAAUUAUCAUUGUUUUUAUACUGGGCCUUCAUAUAAUAUUACUGUUAUUAUAAUAUUGUUGUUCUGUGUUUUCAUAGAUAUGCUUUGUUAGCCUAAUAGUGUUGUUCUAUUGCGUAGUGAGCUGAUUAGUGAUUUCCUGUCCCUCUCUCUCUCCAGACAUGGCCCUUCAUGGUCGCCGGUAAACCUGACAACGAUUUGAAACAGAUGCUCAACACCACCCGGUUGUGUGGAACAACUGCCUCGUGAUGGAACGGACAUGACAUGGCCAUUAACGUUUUCGUUACCGGGAACGGACUUUUUCAGAUGGACAGACAUGCACGUCAUCUCUCCUAAACCAAAUAUUGAGUGGGGAUAACCGGGAGAGCGCGCACUCUCUUGCGCGUUCCCCUACAUAGAUUUUAUACGCCUAUUUAAAUUGUUCACAUGUUGUCUUUGCUGGUUCGAGGACAGGUUGUGCUAAAGUUUUGUAUUCGUUUUUUAUACUCUUAAAAUGCUUUAUAUAACAUGUUGUCACACAAGUAUUUUUAUUUUUUACAGUGACGUUGUCAGUCACUGCUUUGGAAGCGCAAGUGAAAACGUGUCGAUUAAUUGAGUAGACAGAUUUUAUGUAGGCCUAAAUAAAAUAUAUUCAU